CACUUCCCUCUCUUCAUACACCAUAUCAAAAGCCCACCAACACCCAUCAUGCCUGAACCAGAUAAGCACGCCGCUGCGCAACAAGCCGUAGAUAUUCUCCAUGAGAUCUCUACUAUCCUAAACUGUCACCUUGAUCGCCGAACUCUAUCAAUCUGCAUCUCUAUGAUUGAGCGCGGAGUGAACCCAGAGGCUUUAGCGCAAGUUAUCAAGGAACUCAGACAAGAGGCCCAGCAACCUGCAGCCGCGGCAAGACGACGUUAAGUGAGCGGAAUGAACUCUGUACAGAGAUUUGACACGAAUUGAAUUUGGAAUUAUGGAAAUAUUGUCUCGGUAGGCGUUCAUAGGGAAAUGCUUUCACUUAACCGGCGCAAUUAAG